UCUUACCUGUGUCAGGUGACAUUUUAACUCAAAAGACUGAUGGCUCUAUUAAGUGACCUGAAACAGAGUUUAUCUUUAUCGCACAACAUAACGUUGUUUCUUGUUUGAUGUGUGUUCGUAAAACAUACCUGGCAUUUCAAACCUGAUCAGAAGUGUUUUCACCCUGAGGAUGACAAGUUUUGCACCUGUAUGAUUCCAGAAAACCCGAAGGAUUCCUUGAAAGAGAAACUGGAAGUUGCAGUUAGGAAAGGUUUUGCACGUGGCACUUGGUGAUGCCAGAAUGUUAGAAGAGAUGUCACUCAAAGCCAGUCACCAUGGAAACACCAGAGCAGGUCCCAGAGGAAGCGAUGAAGACAGUGAAGAGAAGCAAACAUAUGUUGAUAUGAACCCCCAAAGUGGUCUCUACCUACAGUCCUCUGAGACCUGCUUUCCCACGAGAUGCUCUCAGCUGCAUGAUGAUUUGAAUGAGCUCUCUGAUGAGUGGUCGUCCACUGGAGACUUGAGCCAAGAUACUUCCUUCUCCCUCGAGGGCUGCAUCAAGCUGGAGAGGAGGUGGAUGUUGUGGUAUGAAUUCAAGAAGGAACUCUCCUGUUUAGAUGACUGGCUUCGUUCAGCUGAGAAGAUAGCAGCUUCCCCAAAUUCCAGCCAUGUGCUGUAUGUUACGGCAAAAGAGGAGUUACAAAAGUAUGAGAACCUGCGUGCUGAGGCCAGGAUACGUUUAACCCAGCUGGACGGACUGACCAAACUCUGUCAAACUCUGGUCGGUCUGUUCAGAGGUGCUAUGGGCGCGUGGCUCGUAGAAAUGACGAAGGACUGCGGACAGCGCUGGGAUCAGCUCAGCAACAUUGUGGAGACAGUGUGCCGCAGGUUGAAGCAUUUCAUCUGCCAGCGGGAGGAUUUUGAGAGGCAGAGGGAAGAGAUGGCAGUGUGGCUGGCUGAUAUGGACCUCAGGCUGACUGAAGUGGAGCACUUCUCAGGCAAAGACACCUGCUCUAAGAUGCACCAGCUUCAGGGGUUUCAGGAGGCAGUUGGAGAGAGUGCAGGUCGACUAAAUGAUUUGCUUCAGCAUGGAGAAGAGCUGAUCCAAAAAAGCGAGCCGGGUGAUGCCCAGGUCAUCGAGAACCAGCUGCAGGAACUCCUGCUCCACUGUACCCGUGUCUUUCAGGGCCUGGGCCAUCUUCAUACACGCCUGCUCAGCAUGAGACUGGUUUUUGAAGAGGACUGGGCUCUGUGUGCUCCUGACUCUGGCUGUCCGUCUGAGAGUAUGCUGGAGGAUGAGUGCAUGGCGCCUUCGUCUCAGGCCUGUCUUCCUCAGUCCAGUCAAGAUCACCUGGUUCUGGAGUGGGACCCUUCAGUGGACAUCGGUGGUUCAAUCUCCCAUGAUGACACGGACUCGUCCUCCUUCAGUGCAGCUGCAGGUCGGCCUCUGAGGAGGAGAGUCUACAUGAGUCCUGUGGACACGCAACCAGACAUCUUAAAGAAUCCAGGCAUCAAGAAGAGCUUAGAGUAUGCGGCCCCACCCCAGACACCGGUGCCAGUCAUUAGAGCUGGUGAGCCUCAGAAUGCUGGACCAUUUAAGACUUCCACACCUAAAACUAGGUCUCCUGAGCCUGUGACCUUCGACCCUGAGCGCAUCAGCGCUUGGCUGGGCCAGACGCAUCAACUUUGUUCUAAAGCCGUCCAGACGGAGCAUGAUCCACAGCCGCGCUCCACUUUUACAUCUCUGCCACCCGGGAAGGAGGAGGAGGGAGUUGAGUAUCAGGAGAAUGUGCUUCCCCAGAGACGCCCCCACCCACAGCGAGCUCCGCACACGUGCUCCACCCCCCGCCCACCCCCGUCAUGUGACCUCCAGCAUCACUCUUACCAGCGUCAUGAAAACCCACAGAGGCAGCAGGAGAGACUUUGUUUCCCUGACUCUUUGGAAGACAACUCCCAUGCAAAGUCAAGUCGUGACCUAUAUGGACCAGAGGCUUCUGCUAGCAGCUUAAGGCACAUUGGCACCUGGCUUUUGGGGCCCUUGAGGUUUUUCAAUGUACGAAAGGCCUCAACACCACUGCUUGUUCUCCUAUUUACCCUUCUGCUUGCUGUGGUCAUCUGGCCCCUCAUCUUGCUCCACGAUACAUCGUGCCAUCGGUCCAAUACCCUGACCCGCUCAUUUCACCUGGCCCUACGUUACAAAGGACCCCCUCCCACCUGAGGAAGCAAGCAGUAAUGCCAAACAGUUUAGUAAGCACACAUGGAAUGGUUUUCAAGGUUUCUUGUAACAUUUCUAUGAAAGCAUGUGUCACCUAAUAUAACAAGUGCCCUUAAUUCUACUCUGACACCAACUUUUCCACAAUAUCAGAGUGAAUCGUGUAAAACUGAAAUUAUUUAACAGUUCUGGAAGCAUCUAUAUUUAAAACUGCCUUGUUGAGCACGCUUACUUGAAUUUUUUUACUUGACAGAUUAAGCGUUUUUUGGCAACCAAGUAUUUAUAGGUUUGUUAAAAAAUUUAAAAAGCAGAUUGUUUAUGAAUGAAGUGUGCGUGUGCAUGGUGGCUUAAAGAUUUAGUUUGAUUGUUUGUCUAAAAAAAACAAAAAAAACUUGCUGAAAAUUUUGUAGAAUUAAAAUCAAUUUUGUACUGAGAGAGAAUACAUGCAAACAUUUCAUACUGCGUAGCAAUAUGUAAUAUUUGAUUAAGAACCACUGUGUUGUAUACCGUAAUCACUUUAACUUUUUUUUUUUAAUAAAGGACAUUCUGCACUGUAUUUAUUAGAUCGUAUCAGUCCAGUGAAGGAAGACACAAGAGAGUUUUAAAUCAAAUCCUUGUGCUCAUCAAGGAAUGGUUUUGCACUGUUAUCCACUUGUAAAAUAAAAGAGAUUAGUGAAA